AUGGCAAGUCUCGAGGCACUUCUUUCGUGGGCAAAGAAAAAGGGCUCGAAAGUGAGCUCGGAAAUUGAGUUUAAGGAGUCGCUGGACUCUGGAAACGCUGCUUAUGUGUCUAAGGAUAUCAAGUCUGCUCAGAUUAAGAUCCCUGUAUCGAUAGCCUUGAAGCUUUCUGAUGCUAUUGAAGGAUUUGGCUCGGAAUUCGAGGACCUCGUUCCUAAAACAAAGAAUAUCAAUACUUUGCUUAAGUUGUUCUUGGCUUACGAGAGAGUCCCGGAGAACUUGGACAAGUCGACCUUCAAGGCUUACAUUGCCUCGCUUCCUCAAUUCCCUGAGAUGAGAGCAUGUCCUUACCUUUGGAGUCCAGAGGAAACGGCACAGUUGAAGGGCUCCAAUUUGGGUAGCUCUUUGCGUGAGAACAUUGCCAAUCUCGUGGAAGAGUGGUGGCUGAUCAUCAACAUUUUGCCUGAAUCCAUUGAAAAGCCCAAGGAACAUUUCAUCAAUAUGAAGUUUUACUAUGAACAGAAGUUCCAUACUGACGAAGAGCUUCAUGGGUAUAUUAUUGGUGAGGGAUCGAACUUUAACAACUGGACUUCGUUUCCUAGUUACUUGUGGGCGAGUAUGAUUUUUAAGUCGAGAUCGUUCCCUGGCUACUUGCUUAAGGAUAGCGCCUCUGCUAAAGCUAUAGAUUACCAGCAGGAAGACAGUGCCGUUCUUUUGCCAGUGAUUGAUUUGUUGAACCAUAAUCCAUCUUCAGAGGUCUUUUGGUCUGUGAAGAAUGACCAGUUCGUAUUCGAGACAAAGUCUCCUCUCAAGAAGGACGAGCAGCUUUUUAAUAACUACGGCCAGAAAGGUAACGAGGAGCUUCUUUUAGCCUACGGUUUCUGUAUCGAUAACAACGAGGCAGACUCCGUGGCGCUCAAAGUCAAGGUGCCACUAGAAAUGUUGCCAGAGUUAGAGGCAAACGGAAUGGUUUUGCCCAAGAUUUCGGACUACACAACAUCCGUUGUUACAGGAGAAGAGAAGAGAAAGUCGACAAAUUACGAAGACUAUAAAGACGGUCUUCUUUUCUUCAUCACCAAGAAACACGUUCCAGAAAACUUGAUUUUGCUUUUCCAAUGGCUUGUCAAGUCCAAGUGGGAGAAGGAUCUCUCAUUGAGGAUGAGACUUAGCGGUCUCAACCAUUUAAGACAGGCCGUUGAGUCUAAGGCGGGCCUCUUGAACUACUCUAAGCUUCCUGCUGACUCGUCCAAUCCCAACACAGUCAAUACUAGAAUCUACCUUAAACUGCAGAAGAAGAUCCUUGAUGCUGCAGUCAAACACAUCAAACACAUGGAGAAGGCGCUUUUGGACGAGAAGAAGAAUUCUCUCUUGACACUUAAAGGCGUUUACAAGAGGGACCACACGUUUGUGAGGUCUCUUCUACUCACAAUGGGUGUCACUUCAUGGGAAGAUAUUGUGGAGAAGCAGCUCAUGGACCAGAUUUGGCUUCUCUACCUUAUCAGAUGUUACAACCGAGACGAGUACAUCAAGACCAAGAAAGACGAAGAGCAGAAUUACUUGCCUGAAUGGAUCAAGAAGGCGUUCCAGAAAAUGGACGCGGAGACGGAGAUGGACGCCGCUGAGGUGGUGCAGUUUAGGCAACUUUACGAGAAUAUGAUUAUUCCAAUGAACCUGUCUGUUCCAGAAAUCUACAACAAGGGCAAGUGGACGGUGAGAGAACUCAUUGUCAGCACCAAGCUCUUGGACACCAUCGGAUUCGUUCGUGGAAAAGAGCAGGAGUGCAUUCUUGUGGCCCCCGAAUAA